UAGGGGACAGAGAAGGAAGGCAAGACGAGCCACUCAGUGCAGGAUCUGCUGUUGGGAUAUCAUCAGUGAGAAGAAAUGGAGGUGCCACGCGUGGCUGGCAGUGUGAGCAGCCCCACGAGUCCGUGCGAGGACGUGAUGAAGAAUCUGAGCUUGGACGCGAUCCACCUUUGUGACAGAGAAGGAAAUAAGUCCCAGGACAGUGGCAUCGCAGAAAUGGAGGAGCUCCCUGUUCCACAGAACAUUAAAAUCAGCAACAUCACUUGUGACUCCUUUAAGAUCUGCUGGGACAUGGACUCCAGGGCUAAGGAGCGCAUCACACACUACUUUAUUGACCUUAACAAGAAGGAGAACAAGAAUGCCAACAAGUUCAAACACAAGGAUGUCCCAACAAAGCUGGUAGCUAAGGCAGUUCCUCUGCCCAUGACAGUAAGAGGCCACUGGUUUCUGAGCCCACGUACAGAGUACACUGUGGCCGUGCAGACAGCGUCUAAACAGAGUGACAGAGACUACGCUGUCUCCGAGUGGAGCGAGGUUGUGGAGUUCUGUACAGCUGAUUACUCCACGGUCCAUCUCACACAGCUGCUGGAGAAAGCCGAGGCUAUCGCAGGGAGAAUGCUGCCCUUCUCUGUCUUCUAUCGCAACCAGAACAAAGAGUACUUUGACCAUGCGAGGGAGGCGCAGAAAAACAAGAUGCUGCCGUCAGUGAAGGACAACAGCGGCAGUCACGGCUCACCCAUUAGCGGCAAGCUGGAAGGCAUCUUCUUCAGCUGUAACACCGAGUUCAACACGGGCGCCCCGCCGCAGGACUCGCCGUACGGCCGCUUCCGCUUCCAAGCGCCGGCCGAGUCUCUCUUCAACCACGACACUAACUUGUACUUCGCAGAUUUCUACUGCAUGUACACGGCUUACCACUACGUCAUCCUGGUGCUGGCGCCGCGCGGCUCACCGGGUGAUGAAUUCUGCAAGCAGAGGCUCCCGUUGCUGGAGAUCGCCAACAACCGCUUCCUGACGUGCACCGAGGACGAAGAAGGGCGGCUUUCCUUCCAACACGCGCAAGACAUCAUCCUGGAGGUGAUUUAUACAGACCCGGUGGACUUGAGCUUGGGCACGGUGGCUGAGAUCAGUGGGCACCAGCUCAUGAGUCUGUCUACGAUCAACGCCAAGAAGGACCCCAGCUGCAAGACCUGUAACAUCAGCGUCGGCCGCUAAAUCCUGUCCAAGCGCCCCCUGUUGUUCAGUUCAGUUCUGUUCUAUCUGUUUGUUUUCCUUGAGGUCUUUUCUUUUCAUUAACUAUAAUAACCCUGUAGGAGUCUUUAGUCUCCUCGACAGCAUGUGUCUCUCAAGCUUUUUACCAAACACUCAGCUCUUAUCGAUUAUAUUCGACUGUAGCUCUAUUUUUCUAUCCGUAUCCGGAGGCGUCAUUAGGACUAUCCUCGUGUCUCCUCGUUCGCUCCUUUAAUCCUUAUUGGCUGUGAAACUUACAAUGUCAUAUUUUGCCAAAGGUGACAACAUAAAGUAGCAUCAUGAUCAAGCUGAUAAUGUAGCUGGAUAUAAACUGUAUAACACGACUAUAUACCGUAUACGCGUGUAUUAAUAUUACACAUUAUCCGGAACAUUCUAAACCGAUGACAUCAGCACUUCUGCAGACUUUCAUGUUAUUUAUUCCAAUCUAAAACCUACUAUACUGUGUCUGACACUUAAUAAACAUUGCCAAGUAGUAGAAAUAGAAAAAUAUUUAUUUUUUAACCAGCGUAUAGAAAACGGAACGGACUAGAAGUGCACGAUACUGAGGACUUUGGGACAGGAAAUGGAUGCACAUGAGAGCAGAGCAGAAAGAAAUUUCUCCAAAAAUGAAAUUUGCACAAAUCUACUGCAGAAACCAAUGCAAAAUUAACAUGCACUAAAAGCCAUCAUUCAAAUAGAGAAAUAGUCAUCGAGGUCGUCAAAAAAUUCAGUCUGGGAACCCAGCACACAUGACACCGAACAAACCACACACUCGAUCGUACAAGAUCUCGACGAUUCCAAGUCGGCCUGGCAUGCAAGACACAAAACACGAUUGUUCUAUAUAUGUUGUUGCGGUUCAAACAGCAAAACAGGGUUGGUGUAAUCCGUACUGAUUGUUCAUUUCUUUCUUCUUCUUCUUCUUCUUUUUUUUUUUUUCAGACCAUAA